GGGGUCUGAGGUGGUGGCAGACAGAGAGAGACAGAGAGAGGAACAGAAGCAUCCAGGAUUCACAGUCAAAAGAGGUCACUAGUUUAAUGGCUGGAAGGUAGAGGUCAAAGAGGGACAAUCAAAAUGAACUCCAUUCCGUCGAUGGACAGGCACAUACAGCAGACCAACGACCGUCUAUUAUGUAUCAAACAGCACUUACAGAACCCCGCCAAUUUCCAAACGGCAGCAACAGAGCUGCUGGACUGGUGCGGUGACCCCCGGGCCUUCCAACGACCCUUUGAGCAAAGCCUGAUGGGAUGUCUAACGGUGGUGAGCCGAGUAGCAGCGCAGCAAGGUUAUGACCUGGACCUGGGGUACAGGGUCCUAGCGGUGUGUGCUGCCAACAGAGACAAGUUCACCCCCAAAUCAGCAGCCCUGUUGUCGUCUUGGUGUGAGGAGCUGGGUCGUCUCCUCCUCCUCCGUCAUCAGAAGAACAGGCAGAACGAACCUCCCCAGGGGAAGGACCCUAUGCAGCUCCCCAUGAACUCCAUGAAGCCCUCCCUCUCACACAGUGAUGGGUCUUUUCCCUAUGACUCGGUACCAUGGCAACAGAACACCAACCAGCCGCCAGGUUCUCUCUCCGUGGUAACGACCGUCUGGGGUGUCACCAACACCUCGCAGAGCCAGGUGUUGGCUAACCACAUGGCUAACAGCGGUAACCCCAUGAACCCUGGUGGUAACCCCAUGGGUCAGGGGGGUAUGUCUGGGAACAACCAGGGGAUGAACUCCCCCCAGUACCCGGGUCAGCAGCAGCAGUUCCCCAACAAGGCCCAGCAGAACCAGGCCUACAUGCAGCAGGGGAUGUACGGACGCCAGGGUUACCCCGGGGGAGGAGGAGGCUUCGGGGGGAAUUACCCCGGAGGUCUUAACUCCGGUCCCGGCGGCAUGGGCAUGCCCCCCCACUCCCGCCCCGCUGGUGACUUCACCCAACCCGCUGCCGCCGCUGCCGCCGCCGCUGUCGCCGCCGCUGCUGCCACGGCGACCGCCACUGCCACGGCAACCGUUGCUGCCAUGCAGCAAGACACUCAAAACAAGGACAUGAACCCGUAUGGACCGAUGACUUCGUCCUUCCAGAUGGGGCCCAACCAGGCGUACCAGAACCAGUUCAUGAACCAGGGGCCAGGGAGGCCCAGGGGCCCUCCAUCCCUCCCAGUGAACAUGGGCCCCGGCCCUGGCAUGAACCCCUCCAACAUGGGCCCCUCCCACAUGGGAUUGAACCAGCCCCGGGCCCAGGGGAUGGGGCCCUUUGGAGGCCACGGGGGCCAGAGGAUACCCCAGCAGGGAUACCCAGGACCCAGGCCCCAGGGUAUGGGCAUGCAGGGUAUGAAGAGACCCUACCCUGGAGAGCCUAACUACGGAGGACAGCAGUACGGUCCAGGACCAAACAGUCAGGGGUUCCCCCAGCAGCAGAGCCAGUACCCCACCCACACCCACAACCCCUCCAGGCCACUCCCGUCCCCCAACUACCCAGGCCAGAGGAUGCCUGGUGGGCAGCAGAUCCAGGGCCAGUACCCCCCUCCUGGAGGGGCCAUGGGACAGUACUACAAGCAAGAGCCUUUCAACGGUCAAAGUAACACCUUUUCUGGGAGUGGAUAUCAGUACAGCCAAGGCAAUAUGAACGGGCCUCCUCGACCGGUGGGUAACUACCCCCAUUCCCCGGUGCCUGGCAACCCGACCCCGCCCAUGACCCCAGGAAGUAGUAUCCCUCCCUACCUGUCUCCAAAUCAGGACGUCAAGCCCCCUUUCCCUCCAGACAUCAAAACAAAUACCAGCGCUCUUCCUCCUCCACCUGCCAAUCCCAACGAGGAGCUGCGUCUGACCUUCCCGGUGAGGGACGGGGUGGUCCUAGAGCCCUUCAGGCUGGAGCACAACCUGGCCGUCAGUAACCAUGUCUUCCACCUCCGCCCCUCCGUACACCAGACCCUCAUGUGGAGGUCAGAUCUGGAGCUGCAGUUUAAAUGCUACCAUCACGAGGACCGACAGAUGAACACCAACUGGCCCGCCUCGGUCCAGGUCAGUGUUAAUGCCACGCCCCUCACCAUCGAGCGCGGUGACAACAAGACGUCCCACAAGCCCCUGCACCUGAAACAAGUCUGCCAGCCAGGAAGGAACACCAUCCAGAUCACAGUUACCGCCUGCUGCUGUUCACACCUGUUUGUACUGCAGCUGGUCCACAGACCCUCUGUACGCUCCGUCCUGCAAGGCUUACUGAAGAAGAGGCUACUGCCAGCAGAGCACUGCAUCACCAAAGUUAAGAGAAACUUCAGCAGCGUAGCGGUGUCUUCUGGGAACACCACUCUGAACGGAGAGGACGCCGUUGAACAGACGGCCAUCAGGGUCUCCCUCAAAUGUCCAAUCACCUUCCGGCGGAUCCAGCUUCCAGCGAGAGGCCACGACUGCAAACAUGUCCAGUGCUUUGAUUUGGAAUCGUACUUACAAUUGAACUGUGAGCGGGGAACGUGGCGAUGUCCAGUAUGCAAUAAAACAGCGUUAUUGGAGGGACUAGAAGUUGACCAGUACAUGUGGGGGAUCCUGAACGCCAUCCAAAACUCGGAGUUUGAGGAAGUGACUAUAGACCCUUCGUGUAGUUGGAGGCCGGUGGCCAUCAAGUCUGAUAUCCACAUCAAGGAGGACCCAGAUGGACCCUUGGCCAAGAGGUUCAAGACCAUGAGCCCCACCCAAAUGACCAUGCCCAACGUCAUGGAUAUGAUCGCCCUGCUCGGCCCCGGGCCCUCGCCCUACCCGCCCCAACAGGGGGGCAACAACAGCGAAUACGGAAGCCAAGGUAACAGUUACCAGGGCCACGGCGGGGGCUUUGACUUCCCCCAUGGGAACCCCGGCGGUACGACCAUGAACGACUUCAUGCACGGCCCCGCUCUGUCCCACCCGCCAGACAUGGCGCAGGACAAAGCCCUGUCACACGGCAUGCCGGACUCUAUACCUCAUCCUGCCAACUCUGACCAGUCCCACAACUUGUUACAGCAGAGCUUACACGCCCCCUCUCACCCCGGCAGCCAAUCGGGACAGCCGUUGCAUCACAGUGGGCCUCCUCAGCCGUCACGACAACAGGCUCCGCCCCCUCAGCAACAACAGCCCGGCCCUAACAGUCAUCCGCAGCACAGCGACCCCUUAGAGGGACUGGGUGGAGGGCUUCCAGAACCUUCCUUGGAUCUCCUUCCAGAGCUGGCUAACCCAGAUGACUUGUUGUCUUACCUGGAUCCUCCAGACCUCCCGAGCAGUAGCAAUGAUGACCUUCUCUCGCUCUUCGAAAACAACUGACUCUGAUUCCGGAUCAGUUCAUAAAAAAACAGACACUUAUAGGACUGCCUGGUGUUGACCUAUAACCUCUGACCUGAGACUGAAACAGUGACCUUGGCUCCAGUACCUGACAAACACAAAGAUGCACUCCUUUUCUCCUCUUCCUCUUGUACAGUUUUCAUUGGUUCUCCAGCAGACUGACUGGCUGGCUGACCGACAGACUGACUGGCUGACUGACCGACAGACUGACUGACUGACAGACUGACAGACUGACCGGCUGACAGGCUAACUGAAAGAUGUUUUAAAACUCAGAGACAUGGCAGGACAGGGUAGGGCAGUGAGUGGUGCCUGCCUCCCUGCUUGUCUGCCUCCCGCUGCAGCGCCCCCAUGUGGCCAUCGAUGAUACCAGCGAUUUGAAAUUCAGUUAAUUUUGUAUACCACCAGUGUCUGUGUACACAUUUAGGAAAGUGUUGAUGCAUUUUUUUAUUCAUUUUUUUUUUUUUCUUUUAAAGAAGAAAAAUGUUGUGAUUUUUUUUAUUUUUAUUCUGCCCUGUCUGGCCAGUGUGUGUAAUAUCCACCUUGUUAUUUCAACCUAUAAGGGUAGUCUCAGCUUCCUGUCUCAGCUUCCUGUUGUCCCAAACGUUGUCACAGUUACUGUUCCUGACUGGUUACUAAGUAGCACUGUUCGUCUGUCUGUCAGCCCACUGCACAUCAUGUAAAAGCACAAGAGAUUAUGGAAAUGCAAAAUAACAACACAUACAUCUCAAAGGGAACAAAACACAUUAGUGACAUGACCAACAGAACAGGAGGACACAGCUUUUUCUAACACUAGUACCAAAUGUUUCCGAGAAAUUUGAGAUUUUUGGAAUGUUCAACAGCUCCCACAUAGUUCAACAAAAAAAAAAUGUUUCGUUCAAUUUGUUUUUGUUUGAGAAAUGCAUUUUUGUACUGUUACGUAGUUACUGUAUCUAGUUUCUAUAUUAUCCUGGACAGAGUAGAGUCAUCAAUUUAUUGAUUAAUUGAUAGAGUCAUCAAUGGUAAAGGAAAGUAGACGUGAUAGAAUGAUGUGUGUUACCAGUUCGAACUGAAGGCAGUCAACUCAGGAAGUAAACUAGAAUUCCAAUUAAAAUCAUUUAAAAAGGGCAUGCUAUUUUCAAUGACUUCUCAAUAAGCUGAAAAAGGAGAAGCUAUGUCAACAACAACAACAACAAAAAAUCUGUUUUGGGGGGAAUUUGGAAUUCAUAUCACUUCCUGAAUUGACUGACUUCAAUUUGAAUUGUCCCCAACCCUGUGGGGUUUUUACUACAUGGCUGUCCUGUCAGGCCGGCAUCAAGCUAGCUAGAUCUCCAAUCUAUCAUUCUCACUUAUCUUCUUCCCAUUUCACAGAGCUGUGUCUCUAGCGCUCCUUGUUGAAUCCUGUUAUAAGUGGUGAACAAAGUGUUAGGUGCCAAGCCCUUGUCUGGGGGUGGGGGUGG